GCAGCGACCCGCCGGCCCGCGGGCGAGCGAGCGAGCGAGCGCAGCACCCGGCUCGGCCCGCGCCGCCGCCGGACGGGAGCCGGCCGCAGGACCGCCGGGGCCUGGCCGCCGGCCGGGCGUGCUCCGAGUCCAGCCGCCACCGGUACGGCCAGGCCAGCAUGGUGGACCACUUGCUUCCAGUGGAUGAGACAUUCUCGGCACUGAAAUGCCCGGUUGGUUAUCUGGGCAAUAGGCUGGCCAGUGGCCGGGUGUACCACAUGCUGCCUUCACCCCUCUCAGAGGACGACAGCGACGCCUCCAGCCUCUGCUCCUGUGCCAGCCCUGACUCGCAAGUCCUCUGCUCCUGCUACAGCGGCGGCCCAGGCCUGGAAGGCCAGGACAGCAUCUUGGACUUCCUGCUGUCCCAGGCCACGCUGGGUGGUGGUGGUGGCAUCAAGGCCAGCAGUGGCCCCAUGGCCUGGGGGGCCUGGCGGAGGGCACCGGCAUCUGUGAAGGGGGAACAUUUCUGCUUCUCUGAGUUUCCUGUGGGUGAUCCCGAUGACGUCCCGAGGCCCUUUCAGCCCACCCUGGAGGAGAUCGAAGAGUUUCUGGAGGAGAACAUGGAGCUGGGGGUCAAGGAGGCCCCAGAGAGCAACAGCAAGGACUUGGAGGCCUGCGGCCAGCUCUCGGCUGGGCCACACAGGAGCCACCUCCAUCCUGGGUCUGGCGGGAGAGAGCGUUGUGCUGCCCCAUCAGGUGGCGCCAGUGCAGGUGGCAGCCAGGGCCCAGGUGGGGGGCCGGCGCCUGAGGGCCCCACCCCUGUGCUGCUGCAGAUCCAGCCUGUGCAGGUGAAGCAGGAGUCGAGCACAGAACCCGCCUCCCCUGGGCAGGCCCCGGAGAGCGUCAAGGUGGCCCAGUUCCUGGUCAACAUCCAGGGGCAGACCUUUGCACUCGUGCCCCAGGUGGCGCCCUCCUCCAACUUGAACCUACCCUCCAAGUUCGUGCGCAUCGCCCCCGUGCCCAUUGCCGCCAAGCCUAUUGGGUCGGGAGCCCUGGGGCCUGGCCCUGCUGGCCUCCUCAUGGGCCAGAAGUUCCCUAAGAACCCGGCAGCAGAACUCAUCAAAAUGCACAAAUGUACUUUCCCCGGCUGCAGCAAGAUGUACACCAAAAGCAGCCACCUCAAGGCCCAUCUGCGCCGGCACACGGGCGAGAAGCCCUUCGCCUGCACCUGGCCGGGCUGCGGCUGGAGGUUCUCCCGCUCGGACGAGCUGUCGCGGCACCGGCGCUCGCACUCGGGCGUGAAGCCCUACCAGUGUCCCGUGUGCGAGAAGAAGUUCGCGCGGAGCGACCACCUCUCCAAGCACGUGAAGGUGCACCGCUUCCCGCGGGCCGGCCGCGCCGGGCGCGCCCUCAACUGAGCGCCG